AUGGCGACUUCAUUCCGCUCACAGCGGCUGGUCCAGCGGCUUUCUUUUUCCACCGCACCCAGAUCACGAACAGAAGCAAGACGCUCAUUCUUCUCGGCAGACGCUUGCCUGCUAUGUCAGCUGCGACGUCAGCCGGAGCCGGCUCGUCCUACACGAUGGGCUAGCCAACAGCCACAGCCACCCCACCGUCGAUAUGCCUCCACGUCAUCAGCGACAGCAAACACCGAGACCACAAGCGACCAGAACCGCAACCUCCCCGACCUCACAAACUACUACACCAUCUUCCGCGAGACCUUACCAGCCGGCCCACCGCCCGCUUCACCGUUCGACAUCCCCCUCGGCGAGCUCAAACGCGAGUUUCUCCGGCUGCAGAACGUGAUUCACCCAGACAAGUACCCGCCGGGACCAGCGAAGCAGCGGGCGGAGGCGCUCUCCGCCCGGAUCAACGAGGCCUAUCGCACGCUGGCGGACCCGCUGCAACGGGCGCAGUAUCUCCUCCGCGAGAUGCACGGCAUCGACGUGACGGCCGAGGACGGGGCGAGCGAGCACGCGCUGGACCCGGUGACGCUGAUGGAGGUUAUGGAGGUUCAGGAGACGAUCGAGGAGGUUGGGGCCGGGCCGGAGGCCGAGGCGACGAUCGCGGCGCUCAAGAAGGAGAAUGAUGCGCGGGUGGCUGGGUGCGUGAAGCGCUUGGGCGAGGCCUUUGAGCGAGGCGAUAUCGAGGCUGCGCGACGGGAGUGUGUGCGCUUGAGGUUCUGGUAUAGUGUCGGUGAAGGCCUACGGGAGUGGGAGCCGGGGCACACGGAGAUUCGACUGGUCCAUUGA